AUUUUUGGAGGGUCGUUGGGUCGAUUUCCGGAUAAACAGGAGUUUUAUGUUACGUUUAUUUACAUUUUGUGGUCUGUCAACAUGUGUCCAUAGCCUAGGAGUACGUAAAAUCGAAAAUGUCAACCAAACACCAUAUCCCUAGAGUAAUAGGAAGUCGUGGAAAGUCUUCAACUGAUAUUGAGAGGGAAAAUUUCGAGAAAAAUCAGACUGUUGCCAUUAAUAAAGCUAUCAACAACCAAGAAACACCAGUCAAAGAGAAACAUGUGCGAAUUACAAUUUUGGGAACAUUCACAGACAAUGGAGCAGGUAUGUUCUGGCACAUCGCUAACAGACUGCCUGUCCAGGGGAACCCCAUAGUGUGCUGGAAGUUCUGCCAUGUGCUGCAUAAGAUUCUACGGGAAGGACACCCUCAUAGUAUUGUGGAUUCCUACAAAUAUUGCAGCCACCUCAAUGACUUGGGAAAACUAUGGGGUCAUUUGAGAGAAGGCUAUGGGAAAUUGAUAGAGAAUUACUGCCGCCUACUGAUUCAGAAGCUGCGAUUUCACAAAAAAAACAUGGAGAUUCCAGGGAACUUGAAGAUGUCUGACGAUCAGUUUGCCAAGAUCUGUGGAUCGGAUGUAAACAAUUAUGAUGCAACCUAUAGCUUUGAGAUUGCAGUGGAUAUGUUAGACUAUAUGGAUGAAAUCCUGACCCUGCAACAGUCAGUCUUCAGCUCCCUGGACAUGUCUCGAUCCAACUCCAUGACUAGCUCCGGUCAGUGCCGCCUGGCCCCCCUGAUUCUGUGUAUACAGGACUCCUGCCAGCUCUAUGACUACAUCGUCAAGUCUCUCUUCAGGUUACAUUCUAGUCUCCCCCCAGAUACUUUGUCUGGUCACAGAGAUAGAUUCGUAACGGCAUACAAGAAAUUAAAGCAGUUUUAUCUUAGUAGUAGUAAUUUACAAUAUUUCAAGCACCUAGUCCAAGUCCCAUACCUACCUGACGAGCCUCCAAACUUUCUGAUAGCAUCAGACUUCAGUAAGCAUGUCAAACCAGAAGCAGUAGUCCCUGAACCAGAACCAGAAAAUGAACCGGACACCGACAGUGUCGUGGAUCUGAUAGACACCUCAGAGGACAAAUUUGAUGCUGCAUUUGGGAAUGGUUUUGGUCCGCCUGAACCUGAUGAGAGAGACAUGCUUAUUGAACGUCUGCAGAGAGAAAUACAAUUCCUGAAGUCUGAGAUAGAAAGGAUCAAAUUUGAGGACCAGAGAAUAAUUUCAGCCCAGAGGGAAGAAAUUGCCAAACUAGAAAAAAUCCUCUCCGAGCUUAGACUCUCAGCAGAUAAGGCAUUAAAGGAGAAUGAAAGCACCAAGAAAAGACUUGAAGAAGCAACAGCCAACGCUGGUGCGGUAGCCAAAUUGGCAGAGGCUGAGAAGCAUGCAAAGGCUAAUGAGGAAAAAUUUAAAAAAAUGAAAGAAAUUUACAAUAAACUUAGAGAGGAACAUGUGGCCCUCAUAAGGAAGAAUGCAGACACUACCAAAAAGUUGGAGGCGGAAAAGCGACUUGUCCAAGAACGAGAACAGUCCAUUCAGGAGUCCAAAUCCCAGAUGGAACGACUUGAGAAUGAGAGGAAAGUGAUACAAGAAAGUCUUCAACAGAGUGCUGAUCAAGUCACAUCACAGCUCGCUGAGGCGACAGCUCAAAACACUGAGCUGCUCAAUAAACGAGAGCAUCUAGAGAACCAAGUGAAGACUCUGGAGGAGACCAAGUCGAGCCUGAUGUCCCAGCUGCAGGGCUCGGAGGAGGAGUGCGAGAGUCUACAGGCGCGACUCGAGGCGCUGGAGCAAGACAAGCACCAAUCAGAAGAGUCCUUACAGCUCCAGAUCAAGAACGCCCAGGACCAGCUCGCCUCUCUCAAGGACGAGAUGACCACUACCGAGAUGAGGAGGAAGAACGAGAUUGAUAGCCUGAAGAGUCAACUAGAAGAUGCAUUAUCAGAAAAAGCUGCCAAAGAGGAGCAGUUUAAGAAAGAAAUUGAGGACCUACAAAGUCGCCUCAGCCAGCUGGACAGUGAUAAAGAGGCCAGUGAGAAGAGGCAGAGAGAGGACCUUGCUCAGCUUCAUAGGGACCUCAUUGCAAGUGCUGUGAAAGAAGGGAGACAAUUCAUAAAUGAUGCCAUGCAACAAGUUGAAAACCCAACGCAUAUUCCUGUCAAAUGUACAGCAGAAUUUCUGUUACUGAGAGCAGAACCUGUCCUUUCUGCAUUGGAGAAUCUCAACACUUCUCAGACCGAGUACUCACAGAACCAAACAGAUCUGGAAUCUCUGCUGAAAACGAUAACCAGCUUCAGCCACCACAUGGGUGACUGUGUGAUCCACGGCAUAGCUACCUCCCACUCCGCCCAACUGGAGGCAGCCGAAGAGCUGGCAUCAGCCUGUCAGACUGCAGGGGAGAGUGGGAUAGAGGUCCUCAGUUCCCUGGAGAAAGGUGGAUCUAUAAAGUCUGAAGUAGAAAAAUCAGCAGAAAAAAUUAGACAGCUGAUAAAGUUAGCAGAAGACCUUGUUCCCAAGAUGGUGGAUGUAAAGGAAAAAGAGAUAGGAGAUCUGUUGGAGAAUGAGAUGCACUCGACCAGUUCCGCUAUAGAGCAGGCUGCCAAGAAAAUAGAGGAGAUGCUGCAUCAGACCAGGAAGGACAUGUCUGGGGUGGAGCUGACGGUCAAUGAGAGCAUCCUGGACUCCUGUACAGGACUCAUGCAGGCUAUCAAAGUGCUGUUGGUUAAAUCACAAGAUCUUCAAAAAGAAAUUGUGCUACAAGGAAGGGGUACUGCCAGUGUAAAGGAGUUUUACAAGAAGAACCACAGAUGGACAGAGGGCCUGCUGUCAGCUGCUAAAGCUGUGGGAAUGGGAGCCACCUCCUUAUUGGAGGCAGCAGACAAAGUUGUGAAGGGAGAAGGGAAAUUUGAAGAGCUGAUCGUCUGCUCCAAUGAGAUUGCAGCAAGCACUGCUCAGCUCGUGGUAGCUUCAAAGGUCAAGGCAGACAGGAAGAGCAAGAAACUGUCUGAACUGUCCGAGGCCUCCAGAGGGGUAACAAGCUGUACUGGGAAAGUGGUGGGGUCUGCAAGGGAGGCUUCUCAAAUCAUCGAGGAACAAAACUUGAUGGACUUCACAAGCCUGAGUCUGAUGCAGGCUAAAAAGGAAGAGAUGCAGUCACAGGUGAGGGUUUUGGAGCUUGAAAAGGAACUAGAAAUGGAGAGAUACAAACUUGGUCAAGUGAGGAAGAGGCAUUACCAGCUGGCUGGGGAGAACGGAGGAUGGGAGGAGAAUAUUGAAGGCAAUACUGAGAAUCUCUCACCACUUGAUGCUAAAUCUUGACAGAACAGAUUGACUGUGAUUAUGGAAGCAGUUGAUAAAUGGACUAAUUGACAGACAUCAUUGGUUUAAAAAUUCAAGAAAAUCCAGACUUCAUCUACUUCAUAUGGUUGCCUGCAUGUAUGUCCAUGGAACAAACACUAUUGGUGUCAUUAUACCCUAUUUGAAAUGUACAUGUAUUUAUUUGCUCUUUAGAUACACCAUAUAAACUGUCUUCAUAAAUGUCCAUGUAUCUUUCAUUUCCCCCCAUUUUAUAUCUAAUUCUUCUUCUUCUUCUUUUUUUUUUUUACAAGAAUUUGUUCUUUUUAUAACUAUAUGAGAGGAAGAAAAGAAAGAGGGUGUUAGAUAGUACAUUCUGGUUAAUGAUAAAUAAAAUUAUUAAGUAUAAUAAAUAUCAUGAUACAAGUGCAAAACAGGAAAAAAAAUAUUAACUUGAGUACUUCAGAAUUAUCAAUUAAAUUUUAACAUAUGAGUGGAAACUAAAUGUUGCUCCAAUGGUUUCUAAAUUGUGUAAAUUAAGGCUUUUUGUAAAUUUAGGCUUUUUGUUAGGUCUGUUUAGUCUGGAUCAACCAGUAGUUUUCAUCAUAUCCUUUACUGCAUUAUGAAGAAGUCAAUUUUACUGAACCCACAGGUACUUGGAGGUAUGGAACACCCCCCCCUUAAUCACUUGAAAUUACAAAUCUUGACCAACAUACAUCAUUUAUUAUAAUUGUGUAGGUUUCCUAUUAUGCAUAAAAAUUUAUCAAAAUUGUAAGCCAUUUGUUUUCUAUUAGCUUUUUUGUUGGGGUUUUUGAUUGACACUCCUUUUUAGCUCACCUGAGCUGAAAGCUCAAGUGAGCUUUUUGAUAAAAAUUUGUCCGUUGUCUGUUGUCGUUGGCGUUGUAAACUUUUCACACUUUCAUCUUCUUCUCUAGAACCACUGGGCAGAUUUCAACCAAACUUGGUACAAAGCAUUACUGGGUUAAGUGGAUUCAAGUUUGUUCAAAUGAAGGGCUAAACCCUCUUUAAAGGGGAGAUAAUUCAAAAUUAUUGACAAUUUGUUGGCAUUUUUCAAAAAUCUUCUUCUCAAAAACUAUUAGGCAGAAAAGCUGUAACUUGUAUGGAAGUAUUCUCAGACAGUGUGGAUUUAAAUUUGUUCAAAUCAUGGUCCCCAGGGGUAGGGCGGGGCCACAAUGGGGGGAUGAAUUUUUUUAAAUAGGAAUAUAUAGAGGAAAUCUUUAAAACUCUUGUUCUCAAAAGGUAUUAGGCCAGAAAAGCUCACAUUAGAGUCGAAGCAUCCUCAGUCCGUGUAGAUUCAAAUUUGUUUAAAUCAUGGUCCCCGGGGGUAGGGCGGGGCCACGAUGGGGGAUGAAUUUUUAAAUAGGAAUAUAUAGAGAAAAUCUUUAAAGAUCUUCUUCUUAAAAACUAUUAGGCCAGAAAAGCUCAAAUUUGAGUGGAGGCAUCCUCAGUAUUGAUUUAAGUUUGUUCAAAUCAUGGUCCCCGGGGGAAGUGUGGGGCCACAAUGGAGGUAUCAAGUUUUACAUGGGAAUAUGUUGAGAAAAUCUUUAAUAAAUUUCUUCUCAAAAACUAUUGGACCAGACAAGCUUAAACUUGUGUGGAAGCAUCCUCAGACAGUGUAGAAUCAAAUUUGUUCAAAUCAUAGUCCUCAAGGGUAGGGUGGGGCCACAAUGGGGGUGAUGAAUUUUUAAAUAGAAAUAUAUGGAGAAAAUCUUUAAAAAUCUUCUUCUUAAAAACUAUUAGGCCAGGAAAGCUCAGAUUGGAGUCAAGGCAUUCUCAGAUAGUUUAGAUUCAAAUUUGUUCAAAUCAUGGUCCCUUGGUGUAGGGUGGGGCCACAAUGGGGGGAUCUAGUUUUACAUGGGAAUAUAUAGAAAAAAUUUUUAAAAAUCUUCUCAAAAAGUAUUAGGCCAGAAAAGCUCAAAUUGGAGGGAAAAGGGACUUGAUAUUUACCAAAAAAAAUAUGUGGAUAAAAAUCGGCAGAUUUUAAAAAAAUUUUGAGCAAGAUCUACUGUACUUAGUUGUCAAGAUAUUUUGAUUUUGAUACUGUAAUGCUAAUUUGAUCAGAGUUAAGGCAAUCGUUGCUCAGGUGAGCGAUGUGGCCCCUGGGCCUCUUGUUUAAAUGUUAAGUCGACAACAAAACAUGAUUUUUCAAAAUAGCUCAUACAUGUAAAAACAAAUGGGAUACAUUUUCAAUGAAACAUUAUACAUAAUAGGAAACUUAAACGAG